AUGGAGGAAGAGAGCGAGAGAGUAGAAGAUGAUGAAGAUAGAUCCGCCUACACCCCGCCUCCCUCCGCAUACCCGCCGGCAGGCAAGGCCGACGCGUACCCGCCUCCCUCCACCUACCCGCCUGCAGCCAAGGCCGACGCGUACCCGCCUCCCACCGCCUAUCCGCCCGCCGGCAAGACCGAUACGCCAGCGACCGCUUACCCGCCCCCAUCCGGCUACCCGCCAGCCUCGGGCAAGCCGGUUAAGGCCGGGGAGCCGGUGACUGCGUACCCUGCCGCCGGCCCCAGCACCGCGGCGCCCUACGCCGCUCCUCAGCCGCAGUACGGGUACGGUUACCCACCGCAGCAGCCCGCCGGGUACGGGUACCCUCCCUCGCCGCCGCAAGCCGGGUACGGGGGGUACCCGCCGCAGGCCGGGUACGGGUACCAGCAGCAGGCCGUGAAGCCGCAGAAGAAGAAGAACAACUUCGGGAUGGGGCUCGGGGCCGGGCUGCUCGGAGGCGCCGUCGGCGGGCUCCUGAUCGGCGAUAUGAUGUCGGACGCGUCUGCGUACGAUGCCGGCUACGACGCCGGGUUCGACGACGGCGGCGGCUUCGACGGUGGCUUCGAUUUCUAGAGCCUUCUGGCUUGAUGCUACAGCAGAGGCCUCUGUUUUGCAUUGGACUUUGUGAUGUGUUUCGUUUGUAGUACUACCUAAUUGUCUCAGGACCAAAUCAAAUUAUGCAUCUUGCCUGAUGCGAUGGUAAUGUAAAUAUGAUGCUGCAGAGACAGUAUAUGUAUUGCAAUUUCGAUUUUAAAUUUCGAAGUUGUGCGAUUCUGGUA